UCACCCCACGGAAAGAUGAAGGUCUUUGCAGCUGCUCUGGCUCUUCUCCUCCUUGCAGCCUCCUUCUCCCAAACUUUCUCUGGCCCAGUUGGAGCUGACCUCCCCAUCUGCUGUUUCAAGUUCACCCGUCACGAGCUGCCCCGGGACCGUGUCCUGCGUCACUACAGCACCAGCACCAGCUGCCCCCAGCCUGGCAUCGUGUUCGUCACAACCAGAGGCCGCCAGGUCUGCGCCAAUCCCGCUGACAGCUGGGUCAGGAGGUACCUGCAGAGCUUGGAGCAGAACUGAGCCAGGCAAGAGGGCAGGUGGAGCUGCUGUCCUGCACAGAUCACCUCAUCCCGAGCCCCAGCCACGGAGCAGGGACAGCGGGAGCUGCAGGAGCCCACGGCAUCUGCAGGUGUCCCCAAGGGACUGCUGGAAGGACACCCCAGGACACCUCGUGUUGGGGUUGCUGCUGCUCACCCUGAGCUUCAUCCUCAACCUCGUCCCUCUGCCCUGACCCUCCACUGGUGGCCUGGGAAGGCCCAGGGGGCUGCACCUUUAUUAUGUUAUUUGA